AUGCUAGAUCUGAUGAAGUCUAUAAAAAGCCAAAUGCAACCCUUUUAUUCUGGAGACAUCAGAGAUGGAGCUGCUACUUAUCUUCUUGCUGUUUGUCACAACUGUGUCUGGCUGUGGCCUACCGCACUACCAGCCCCGGUCCAGUCGCGUGGUGGAUGGGGAAGAGGCUUCUCCGUACAGCUGGCCGUGGCAGGUCUCUUUGGAGUCCUUCUAUCCCACAUGUGGAGGAACUCUCAUCGCCGCCAACUGGGUCCUGACCGCUGCGCACUGCAUCACGUUCCACACCUACCGGGUGGUUCUCGCGGAGCACGACAUGGACACGCACGAGGGACCCGAACAGUCCAUCAGGGUGGAGAGGAUGAUCAUACACCCUCAGUGGAAUGACAACUGCGUGUCUUGUGGAAAUGACCUUGCCCUCCUGAAACUGGAGAAGAGUGCGGUUCUCAAUGACAAAGUCCAGCUGGCCUGCCUGCCACCACAGGGCACAGAGCUCGCCCACGGCCAGGCCUGCUACGUCACCGGCUGGGGUCGGCUUUCCUCUGGGGGGCCCCGGCCGGCCAAACUGCAGCAGGCUCUGCUCCCUGUGGUCGAGCCCAGCGUCUGUGCUCGUAGCGACUGGUGGGGGAGUUCAGUGAAGACCACCAUGGUCUGUGCUGGAGGAGACAGCAAGUCGGCCUGCCACGGGGACUCUGGAGGGCCACUGAGCUGCAAGGGGCGGGACCGGAGGUGGUAUGUCCAGGGAGUGGCCAGCUUUGUGGACGGGCGGGGCUGCAACACCCCCCAGAGGCCCACGGUUUUCACCCGAGUGGCCUCCUACAUCCCCUGGAUCAGCCAAACAAUGGCUGAAAACUGAAGAUAAGGAUAAUCACUCCACGAGUCAAUGACAAUAAAAAACCAUAGCUGUGGG